CACAAAACCUCGUAUCGAACAUGUGCACACGCGUGUACGUCGGCAACCUCCCUAUGGACGUCCGCACCCGUGAGUUGGAUGACCUAUUCUACAAGUAUGGGCGGAUCCUAGACAUUGAUAUCAAGCAGCCCAGCCGCCCUCCCGCGUUUGCGUUUAUUGAGUUCGACCACCCUCGAGAUGCCGAAGAUGCGAUUCGUGGCCGUGACGGCUACGAGUUUGACGGCCAGCGUCUGCGAGUAGAACGCACAAAUGGCGGUGGUCGUCGUUCCGAUCGAGGUGAUUCGAAAGGGUUUGGGCGCAACCUCAUGGGCAGCGGCAAGUAUUCAGUCGACGUGACUGGUUUGCCUGAGAGUGCGGCAUGGCAAGACGUCAAAGACUUCUUUCGCAAGAUUGGAGACGUGAUUUUUGCCCGAGUAGAUAAAAAGGGUGGCGGAUUCAUCGAAUUUUCCAACAGGGAAGACAUGCUCCGCGCAGUUUCAAAACUGGACGACACCGAAUUCAAGACACGCACAGAUACAACUGUCAUCCGCGUCAAGGAAGCGAACUACCUAGCCAAGAAGAGCGGCGAUUCACGCAGCCGAAGCCGUAGCCCGCGAGGUCGCAGACGUAGCCACAGCCGGAGUCGUAGCCAUACCCGCAGCCGCUCGCGCAGUUCGAGCCGAGGUCACAGUCGAUCCCGCAGCCAGAGCAAUGAAAAGAAAGACAAAAAGGACGUUGACGACACGAAAGAUGAUCCUAAGCCAGAAGAGACGACAGAAGCACCCGCCGCCGCUGAGUAAUCCUGGAUGAUACGUAGCUGGUGGCCAAGCGUUGGAGCGGCGCAAUCGAUUCUCCCACUGGCGGCGGGCGGGUCUGCCAACCAGUGGUGCCGGUGCGGGCGGGUUGCCAAGAUGCUUGCCGGGCGACUGCAACGACCAAGGCUCGACACCAUCGGCUGAAAGAUGCGGUUGGAGCGGCGACGGUGGAGUUGGCUCAUUCCUUUAAUUCAUGGCAAGUUCUCGUAUUUGGACGCAAUGAGCCUUCCUUCACUUU